GGUAAAUGCCAAAGAAAGGACCCUCCUUGUAAAUACCUUCAUCCACCGCAACAUCUUCGGGAACAGCUGCUCCAGAACGGUCGCAACAACCUCAUCCUAAAGAACCUUCAGGUGCAGGCCUACCAGACGCAAUACGCCAAUAUCAUGCCCAUGCCGGGAGCGAAGACAGUAACCAUGUCAGCUGUAAUGCCCGGACAGUACUCAUAUUUGACACACUACCCUGGCCUCCAGACAUUGUCUAACAUCCCUGGGCAGCCACCUGCUGCUACUUACAGCCCUUACUUAACUUCAUUUGCCUCGAUGCCCAUGCCAGGCGGCGCAGACCCCACAUCUGUCAUGUCCCAAGGGAUGCCGGCCAAUAUGAUUGCAGCCAAAGCAGUGAGAGCAGACAAAUUUGAGGUAUGUCGUGAGUUUCAGCGUGGUACGUGUUCUCGCCCUGCUUCUGAAUGCCGCUACGCACAUCCUGCAGACCACAUUGUGGUCGACGCCACAGAUAACCAUGUCACGGUCUGUAUGGACUUUGUCAAGAGCAAAUGUACAAGAGACCAGUGCAAAUACUUCCAUCCACCCAGUCACCUGCAGGCCUUGGUGCGGGCUGCCCAUGCUCGCAGUCAGGCAGUUGCCUCCAAUAACAACACAAACAGCUGCUCAACUCUGCAAAGCACUGUCCCUGGAAUGAUGCCAGCAUACAAGAGAAUAGCCAUUGGGGACAUCAGCAAAGGUGGCUACCCGGUCUAUCAGACUAACCCCUUGAUGUCACCGCUUCAGCACACUUCCCUUAUGCAUCUACAGCAACAGCCAUCAUACAUCCCAAUGUCCUCCAGUGGCUUGGGCCUGUACAUGAUGUCCAAAAGCAGUCACAGCAGCAGCAUCAGCAACAACAACACUACGUCUGCUCACGGUGCGACCCAUGUCCCUAGCAUUCCCAAUAACGCUUACCAUGUAGAAUAUUUCGGCAGUAACAAACAG